AGCAGCAGCAGCAGCAGCAGCAACAGCAGCAGACGCAGCCUAGAAACUCCCUACAACUAACAUGAAGUGCCUGAUCGUCCUGAGUGCUGUCGUGGCCGUGGCCCUGGCCAAGCCCGGCUUCCUGGGGGCGGGCGUCGCCGCCCCCGCCUACGCCGCAGGCCUCGCUGCCGCCGUCCAGCCCGCUCCCGUCUAUGUGGGCGGCAUCCACCCUGGUCUCGCAGCCUACGGUCCGGCUAACAUCGUCGUCGGACCUGGCGGCUACAACCUGGACACCCCUGACGUGGCCGCCGCCAGGGGCGCCCACCUGGCCGCCGUCGCCCAGACGAGGGCGCGCGACGCCGCCAUCAACGGCGCCGCCCUCGCCGCCGCCUCCGCCGCCGCCUACGGCGCCUACGCCGCCCCCGCCGUGGUGGCCGCCCCUGCAGUCGCCGCUGUCGCCCCAGCUGUCUAUGGUGGACCUGGGGCUGCCUUCCUGGCUGCCAAGGCUGCAUACCAUGGUUAA